ACGGCCAUGGUGGUGGCUCUGGCUCCGGUGACCGAGCGAGCUCCGAGUUGCUGCUACUAGCCAAGGAGGGAAGAAAUCAAUCUUUGCACUCCAUUCGCCAUGAGCAUAUCAAGGGCCAUUGGGUUAAUUAGUGGCAUCAAUGAAUGCGUCAACCUUUUUCAGUGGGCUGCAUCUUCUAUCUCAUCUCUGCGCUCCCGGUUGUCUGCAACGCAGGAGAAAAAUAUUCAAGAUGAAGUGUCGCAUUUGCAAAGAAGCCUACAACGUCUCAGGGAUACUCUUCCUGCAAUGUAUGGCCUUAUCGACCGAGCAGAGUGGAGGAGUCACACAAACUGUGUGGCUGAGCUCCUUCCUAUACUCAAAGAUGCUGUGUAUGAUGCUGAUGACAUUCUUGAUGAGUUCAGAUGGCACGAGCUGAAUGUGACAGGGCAGGGUAACACAACUCACUCUGCUUUUGCUGACUUCUAUAAAACCACAAUUCAAGGAAGCUUCAACAAAGUGAAUGAUAUCCAAGAGAGGCUGAAUGACAUUUCUUGUAGGCUCAAUCAGAUUCCCGGGUUGCAUGAAGUCACACCAGGGUUUGACAAAUCGGUCAGGCCAGAUACUAUAUCUUCAACAAGUAAAGAAAUGUUUGGUCGUGAUAGGGAUCUGAAGCAGGUAAUGGGAUUGCUCGGUAUACCUCAAAAUAACAGAAGGGCCCACCCAAAACGUAAGAGGGCAAGUACCACAGCCAAUGGUUCAACAAGCACACCAGCAAGCAACCAAGUUAGUAAUGAAUCAAGAGUACAAGCUAUUCCUGUUUUGCCAAUAGUAGGGAUGGGGGGCAUUGGGAAAACCACUUUGGCCCAACAUAUAUGCAAUCAUCGACAAGUGAAGUCUUACUUUGAUUUGAUAAUUUGGAUUUGUGCAGAUGACUUUGAUGUAAAGAGAUUAACAAACGAUGUCAUACAAUCAUCAACCGGAAAACAGGCAAAUGUUGAUCAUUUAGAUUCUCUUCAGCAUGCUCUUUUUGAGAAUUUGAGCAAUAAAAGGUUCUUGAUUGUAGUUGAUGACGUGUGGGAUGAUGCCUUGAAGGAAAAUGGGCAGCGCUGGGAGAAGUUUUGUGCACCUUUCAGAAAUGUCGUACAUGGAAGUAUGAUGCUUGUUACCACAAGAUCUCCAGAAGUUGCUGAUGGAGUGCGCACAAUGGAGCCGUUCCUGUUAGAUGGUUUGACAGAUGGUGUACUUUGGGAUUUCUUAAAACUCUGUGCUUUUGGGUCUAAGACUUCUAACAGUAGUCCUGAUUUAGAGCGGAUUGGUAGAAGCAUACUUUCUAAGUUAAAGGGUUCUCCUUUGGCCGCCAUAACUCUUGGACGACUGCUAAGAAUGAACCUUGAUACAUCACACUGGAAAAAUAUACUAGAGAGUGAACUCUGGGAGUUGAAACAAAAGGAGACCGAUAUUUUGCCAGCACUUCGGUUGAGCUACAUGUAUUUGCCAUUCCAUUUGAAAAGAUGCUUCUCAUUCUGUUCUGUGUACCCGAAAGAUCACAAAUUUGAAAAGGAUCGUUUGGCUGAAAUCUGGGCAGCAGAAGGCUUUGUGGAACCUCAAGGUGACACCCCACUUAUAGAUAUUGCCUCUCAGUACUUUCAAGACCUUUUCAACCGUGGGACAGAGGUGUUUGAAGUACUGCAACCUUCUACCAGUCUAGAACAUCUGUUUAUUUCAAGUUAUCCAGGUGUCUCUCUUCCAAGCUGGUUCCAGCCACAGAAUUUCCCCAGGUUAGCAACCCAUGAUUCCAUCAAUGGUACUUUGUCCUCCUUGAGAGACUUAACCAUUUCCAGAUGCGGAAAUAUAAGCCUCGAGUAUUUUCUGGAUCCAGCUUCAGUACCAGCCAUCAGGAAAAUAAAAUUUCAUGGCUGCACGGGUUUAGUAUCAUUACCAGUUAGCUGGUUUUACCUUGAAGAAUUGGAGGUGGUUAAUUGUUUGAAUAUCUGCUCCCAGCGUUUGGUGGCGCCCUAUCUCAAGAGCCUCGAGGUGUUUAAUUCUGGGAAUCUUGCACACAACAUGGACUGCUGCUCGCUCACCUACUUUUCAUUCUCUGGUGACUGUGACACCAUCACAUUGAGUGCAUGUCUAGAGGAGUUGUGCAUUUCAGACUGCAGAUAUCUUACAUCAAUUAGAACUGGCGGCAUCGGAGUAUUCCCAUCACUUGUUUCCAUCACCGUCUCCGGUUGUGUAAAACUGCCAACCCUUGAUGGCUUCCUAACUGCAGAUCUACCUGCUGUUGAGAAAAUUACUAUUUCUGAAUGCCCUGAGUUACUGUCUCUACCCAGUGAAAGGUUCGGGAGUUUUCAUUCUCUCAAGGUGUUUGAAGUUAAGCGGUGCCGCCAAGUGAACUGGCAGAGGGGAUUGGUGUUACCAUCAUCCCUCCAGGAACUCUCCUUCAAUGAUUGUGGGGAUAUCUCCAUAGUGUUUCCCAGCUGCUUGCAAAACUUAGCGUUCCUUGUUUCACUGGGUAUUCAUGAUUGCCAGGGUAUAAGGUCCAUUCCAGGCAACGUUUGGCAGAGUAAUCUCCUAUCACUGAAGAGAUUAACUAUUAUACAUUGUCCAAACCUUGAGUCAAUUGGUGGCAAAGAGGCCAUUGCAAAAAUAGAGUACGUGGAGGUUGCUUUGUGCCUUAAGAUGGAGGACAUACUCGGAAUCCCUCCAUCCUAA